CAAGAAUUUGAAUCAAAAUUACUCUGCCCAUUUAUCGCACAGGUUGUUAUUCUGCGCAUGUAUAAUAAAACGCAUUAACCAGUAUCUGUGUGCACGUUGAAAAUACACAGUAUUUCAUAGGAAUAUGCGAUUUCUUUAGCUACAUUUUCGAAACGUGUUCAACAACGGGGACGCGGUAAAGUUUUGUAUGAGUUGAAUGCUGGCUGCGGAUAAGGGCAGGCGGAGGGUAGGCCCGUGAAGCUUCGGCUUUGGAUAGAAGUCAUGGCUGGCAAUUUUGACGCUGAUGACCGAGGGAGUUGGUAUUGGGGAAGAUUAAGUCGUCAAGAGGCAGUUUCACUCUUGCAAGGCCAAAGGCAUGGUGUUUUCUUGGUGCGAGACUCAAUCACCAUUCCCGGCGACUACGUGCUGUCUGUCUCGGAGAAUUCCAAAGUCUCGCAUUAUAUAAUCAACAGCAUCAGCAACAGUCGUCAGUCUGGAUCAGGACUGCCUGCCCCUCGGUUCCGUAUUGGGGACCAAGAAUUUGAUGCCCUUCCUGCUCUGCUGGAGUUCUACAAGAUCCACUAUCUUGAUACCACAACACUCAUUGAACCCAUUAACAAGGCCAAGCACUCCUCCUUUAUCAGCGUCACCGCGGGCACAGGUGGAGUCCCCCAGAGGUUGGAGGAAGAGUAUGUACGCGCCCUCUUUGACUUUCCAGGCAAUGACGACGAGGACCUGCCAUUUAAAAAAGGGGAUGUUCUCCGAGUGUUGGAGAAGCCAGAGGAGCAGUGGUGGAACGCUCAGAAUUCUGAGGGCCGUAUUGGGAUGAUCCCCGUGCCCUAUGUGGAAAAGUACCGCCCGGCCUCUCCAGCAUCGGGGGCUCCUGGAAGCGGAGGCUCCGGAAUAGGAGGAGCAGGGACCAUGACCAACACUGACGGCCACAAUUCUCAGUCCCCUCCGCUGCUGGGAGAACCAGGCCAGUAUGCCCAACCCACUUCUUUGCCCAACCUGCAGAACGGACCCGUCUUUGCAAGAGCAAUCCAGAAGAGAGUUCCCAAUGCAUACGACAAGACUGCUCUUGCUCUAGAGGUGGGUGACAUGGUGAAGGUGACCAAGAUCAAUGUGAACGGGCAGUGGGAAGGCGAGUGUAAGGGCAAACGAGGCCAUUUCCCCUUCACACACGUCCGACUGCUGGACCAGCACAACCCAGAAGACGAGCUGAGCUGAGAGAUAGGAGAUGGACUGCCUACCCUCUCCUGCCUUUAACGCACGCGCUCACAUGUACACGCACAUACACACACACACACACACACCCCUCUCCCUCACCGCUACCCGUGUCCCCGCCAAGCUGCUCUUCACUCACCGGUCACAUGCACAACCAGCUCCUUCUCCUCUGUUAGUCUUGUAAGAAUUCCUUUAUACUAUGACCUCAUAAUGCCUAUAUUUACCUACAGCCAAGCUCCUGAUUGGUCCUUACACUAUGAAUGAAGAUUAUAUGCCAAGUUCCAGACGGACAGUACUUGCACUACCAAGAGGUGAAAAAUUUGAUGGAAUGUGGCCUGUUGAGAGUCGGGGGAGAGAGGUGACGUCAGCUUAGACUGGAAUCAUGAGCGGCUUGACGCUUCCGAGAUGGAAAGUUGUUCUGUUUAGAAAAAAAAAUAGUACACACUACUUAGUGAACUACUGGGAUACAAACACUUCAUUCAAAGGGGCUCAGUAUCGAGCCCCGAUCCACACUACACUCAUUUUUUCUGCCAAGAGAAAAUAUCCAAGGUGUCUCAAGUGUAAAAUACUGAUUGGAGCACAAUGUGUUCAAACGCUAAUCCUUUCCCUUUGAUUUGUGCACUUAAUAUAAUUUCAUUUUGUGUUCAUUAGUAGAACAUGUCUCCUCUAAUCCUCAGCAUCAAAUUCAGCCUCUGAGUACACACAAUUUUUUUUUUUUUUUUUUGUAAGAAAAUCUUAGUGAAGUUCUUGUGGUACACACAAUAAGGAGGUAAGGUUCAGAUCUUAUGGAAAGUACACAAAGAUCUUUUAGUUUUAGGUAUGGUGUGCCUAUUGAGAAAAAUGUCAUCUCAGAAACAUCAUUCAAAUCCGAGUCCAAGUGUGUUUGGUCCCUCUGCAGCAGUUACCAUAUUAGGUUUCAUAUGUAGAUGUUUUUAAAGACUGACAUGGUGUCUGAAACCUGAUUUCUUUCUUUUUUUUUUCUAUUUGGAUUUUUAUGAAGGGUAAAGAUGAUGUAAUUCUCAUAUCACCGUAUGUGCUUCCCUGUGUUAUGUAAUAUUUUUGCACAUGUCCUCUCCCUUAAGAUUGGUGCAGUGGCUCAGACUCUGAAGAACUACAUGUAAUUCCUACUUUACUCUCCCUGUAGCCAUUCCCCUGUAAUCUGUCCUCCAGACGGAAAAAAUUUCCAGUAAUGACAGGUGUCUGUCAGUUGCCUAUUAAUUAUUGUCCUAAGUACCUUCAUGCUAUUCUGUCACAAUGUUGUAAGGAAGGACUCUACAAGGAAAUGAAUGCUAGUCAAUAUUUCUUCUCUCCGAGUUGGAAAAACCACUGAAGCGUGCACUUGUGCCAUGCAUCCUCACAUGGACUUUUUGAAGUAUUACAAAAUGGUGUAUCAGUGAGCUAACCUCGUAGUUCUGUUUGGAAGUGCUACUUAUGACAGUGUUUAGGUGAUAGAUCCUAUAAGCAUAUGAACAGAAUUAUUAAGUCCAGCUGCCGCAUAACACUAUAAAUCAGUAAUGUUUGUUUAUGGGUUUACAGUUCUUAACCAGAGGUGCUUUUUAGAGUGGAUAGUGACAAUCAAAUAAUUAAAGUCAUCAAAUAGUUUCACUCAUCAGAUAGGAAAACUGAGAUUCACAACCAUUGCCUCUGUGCUGUCUUCACACAGUAGUAGUGCAGAUAGACAUUAGAAUCACACAAGUUUUGAAUUUUGAAACGUUAUAGAGAAGAUCGGUGAAGGACCAACUGUAACAUAGUUUAGUAAAGCUCUUCAUAACCUCUAAAGUUUAACAAAUUAUGUAUUAUGCCAGGUUUGGGUUUGUUUUCUUUUUGCAAAAUAAUGAUGCUUUCAACAACAUUUAAGUGAUUAUCCUUCCUGAAUAAGAGAGAAAAUCAAACAAAUAGUUUUUGCAGUUCUCUGUUGCCAAUGAAUUUGUUGCCUUGCCCUGACCCCCCCCCCCCAAUUCUCUAUUAUAUUCUGUUAAAGUAGGUCAAGCAAGUUAGUCUCCUCCAUAUAUUUUCACAGCCGCCUUUUCUUACCCAAGUUAUUUUUACGUUUAUCGUUACUACAUUGUUAACAGUUAUUAAUGUAGAAAGACUUGCCUCAUAAAUGCAAAUAGCUUAUUGUUUUUGGUCGUAAUACCAUGAGACAUUCAAAUCGUCAUCAAAUUGGAUAAUUACUCGCACAUUGAAACGUUUUUGUUUGGAUGGCAGUGUCAUAUUGUAAAAGAAAAUCUUUUUUAAACUUGAGCUUCAUGCCCCAUAUAAAGAGAAAUGCCUUCAUGUCAGGGAGUCAACAUAUUGGGAUGAUGUCCAAACAAAUUAUGCAAAUGUCCCCAAUUACGGUUAAUAAAGAAAACAAGUCCCUUGCUUCCAUGAAUGUUUCCUUGAAAUCAUUUAAACUUAACAGUAUCACUGGUAUUAUAUAGACCACAUAUUUACGUAGGCUUCCAAGUUGUAAGGCUCCAGAUGUUUUUCCAGGUGUUUAUUUGGAAACCAUUCCUUCAAACAACUUCUCAAAUACCACGUUCACCAUUUUAUUCACCUAUUUAUCCCACGACGCAUGCCUGUUGCUUGUAAUCUGUGUUUUUCAUUUAGUUUUGUCUGUCAUGUCUAAGUAUUUUUGAAAAAUCAUAUUUUUGUAGUAACAUUGUGUAAGUCAUUACCCGGGAGUAAGGGUGGAUAUGUUGAGGAAGGCAACCUGGAGAAGAAAUUAUGGCUAUAUUAAUAUCAUGAUAG